CAUCCCAGCUUAUGUAUGAUUUGAUUCUUUGCCUUUCCACUAAUCAUGCUUGAAGUUGUCCCCAAGUCAUCCUCAUCCCCUUUUUAUUCUGUUUUUCGCUUCUUCAUGGGGUCACUGCUGCUGCUGCUGCUCCUCCUCCUCUUCUUCUACGCUCCAUGCAUUAAUCCCCUUAAGCUGCAGCCAUGUCCCACCGAGAAACCAACCCUCACUUCACCAGACCCUCGCCGCCUCCAUCCGGACUCCCACCCCACCGGCCCCUCCUCCCUCGCGAAGACCCAUCACCGCCUUACCCCCCAAAACAGGUCAGAAUUGCUGAACCUUCCCAGAAGCCUUCACGUGAUUCUCCUUCUCUCGUGCCGCAACCCCCACCUCUAUCAGCCCGCGACAGAUCUCGCAAGACUAAGCGUGCUCCACCACCCCCACCUCUAUCACCCCGCGACAAUCUUCGCAGGCCUACAACUACAAAGCCUGCUCCUCCGCCUUCAACCCCACCGUCAUCGCGCGACAAACCUCGCGAAACUAAGCCGGGUGAUGAAUCUCACGUGCCUCAGGCCGGUCCGCCGUCACAGCCACGCCCCCCUGAUCGGCGAGGCCGUCCUCAUGGCCCGUUCCGAGUACCCGACCAGAGGAGAACCAAACCACUCACGUGGUUAGCCGCGAUCUUCUGUCUGAUAUUUUGGCUUGUAAUAAUCAUAGGAGGCUUGAUAGUGCUCAUAGUGUACCUUGUUUUUCGUCCCCAGAGUCCUCACUUCGAAGUGUCGAGUGCCAGCCUUAAUGCUGCCUACCUGGACCUGGGUUAUCUUCUCAAUGCCGAUGUUACGUUGCUCGCAAAUUUCACGAAUCCCAACAAGAAGGUGCACGUGGACUUCAGCACCACGAUGAUCUAUCUCUACUAUGGCAGCACGCUCAUCGCUACACAAUAUGUGGAGCCAUUCUCGGCGGCCAGGGCAGAGUCUAGGUUUGCGACCAUCCAUAUGGUGACCAGUCAGGUUCAGCUCCCGUUGGCAGAGACUCAGCGCCUUGUCAAACAAGUCCAGAGCAACGGAAUUAUACUUGAGGUGAAGGGAGUAUUCAGGGCAAGAUCCACGUUGGGACGCAUCUUAAGGUAUUCCUAUAACCUCUAUGGUUAUUGCACCAUCAUGCUGACGCGUCCCCCUGGAGGGGUUCUCGUCAAAAGAAAUUGUAGGACGAAACGCUGAAGCUGCAACCUCGGAUUUGGAAUUUGAUUUUGCUAAUUUUUACCUCUUUUUAAUAACACUCAUUUAAUGGUUAACCUUGCUAAUCUAUGCGCGAUACCUUUUUCAAAUAGCAACUACCUUCUUGAUGUUGAUCAUGUUUAAUAGACAAUCCAUGUCAAAUUCACAA